AUGUCUUUCCGGGGCCGUGGUACGGGCGCCAAUCGUGGCGGUAGCUUUGGUGGUCGUGGUGUCACUGAUGGAUUUGCUACAGAGAUGGGAACUGUCAUGCAUUCUUGCGAAGGCGAGAUGGUUUGCGAAUCGAUCAACCCCAAGAUUCCCUACUUCAACGCCCCCAUCUACCUCGAGAACAAAACCCCUAUCGGUAAGGUCGAUGAGGUUCUUGGCCCCAUCAACCAGGUCUACUUCACCGUGAAGCCUCAGGAAGGCAUUGUCGCGACUUCGUUCAAGGCUGGUGACAAGGUCUACAUCGGCGGCGACAAGCUUCUUCCCUUGGAGAAGAGCUGCCAAGCCCAAGAGAGCCGGCGAGGUCGUGGUGGCCCUCGUGGUGGUGGUCGCGGAGGCUUCUCCAGAGGUGGCGGUGGUGGUGGUUUCGGUGGUGGUCGCGGUGGUGGCCGUGGUGGUUUCUCCAGAGGCGGCGGUGGCGCCAUGUCUCGGAGGACAUCCACCAUGCCGUCGAAUACGUCUCAGAAUAGCGGUGUCCCACCUGCGGGUGAUGGAGGUAUGCUUAAAUCCUGGUGCCAAGCUUUACAUCUCGCCGAUCUUGUGACUGAGCUGAAUGUGAUGUCUGUCUUCUCGUCAAUGCGCUACUGUCUCGGGGAUCCCACCGAUUAUUCCUCUCUCUGGGCUGCUCUUACGUUUAUGCCUUUCGGGCUCUUCUUUGAUUUCAUGGAUGGCAAGAUCGCUAGAUGGAGAAAGAAGUCUUCUCUGAUGGGACAAGAGCUCGACUCUUUGGCGGAUCUGAUCUCCUUCGGAAUGGCACCCGCCGCUGCAGCGUUCGCCAUCGGCAUCCGCACCCCUGUCGACCACUUCUUCCUGACGUUCUUCGUUCUCUGCGGAUUGACCCGAUUGGCGCGUUUCAACGUGACCGUUGCUGUUCUUCCCAAGGACAAGACCGGCAAGUCCAAGUAUUUCGAGGGCACGCCCAUCCCAACCACCCUAUCCAUCGCAGCAUUUAUGGCCUACUGUGUCUCUCAGGACUGGGUCCAGGACAAUCUACCAUUGGGCCUCGCGGGCGAAGGAACCGCGUUCGAGUUCCACCCCCUUGUGCUUCUUUUUGUGCUACAUGGCUGUCUAAUGGUCAGCAAGACGCUGCACAUCCCCAAGCCUUAG